AGAGAGGAGUGCUUGUGUGUUUGCGGGGAAGAUACUCGCGGGAAUCGGGAGGGAGGGGACGCAAUCGAGAGAGAGAAAGAGAUCAGACUGCGUACUACUGAAUCGAGGAGGCACGGGUGGGUGCGGAGGAUAGUUGCCCAGGAUUACAGCCAUGGCGCUUUCGCUGAGGCAGAAACAGCUCGAUGCGGUGGUUCGGAUGCUGAAUCUUAAUCACCCAGUCUUAAGUGGGGGCACAGCAGACGAAGAGGUAUACAAGGUGCUGAUAUAUGACAAUUUCUGUCGCGACAUUCUGUCGCCGUUAAUUCGCGUCAACGAUUUAAGGAAGCACGGCAUCACACUGUACCUGGGCCUAGAUAAGGAGCGACAAAAUGUGCCUGAUGUGCCAGCGAUUUACUUUGUUCAACCACUGCAGGCAAAUAUUCAAAGAAUAAUUUUAGACGCAUCUCGUGGGAUGUACGAAGCUUUCCAUCUCAAUUUUUCGUCAUCCCUGCCUCGACCUCUCUUGGAGGAGCUAGCCACAAAUACACUCAGAACAGAUUGCUUGCAGAGAAUCGCAAAGGUUUAUGACCAGUAUCUUGAGUUUGUGACACUUGAAAAUGGGAUGUUCUCUCUUGCCCAGCCACUCUCGUAUGUGCAACUUAAUGACCCUGCUGCCCAAGAACAGGACGUGGAGGCCGUGGUUGAAAACAUUGCUAAUGGGCUAUUUUCUGUUCUUGCGACUUUGGGAGUAGUCCCAGUGAUCCGAUGUGCAAGUGGUGGACCAGCAGAGAUGGUAGCUAGUGCCUUGGACUCACGUAUACGAGAUCAUCUGGUUUCGCGAAACAAUCUGUUCACAGAGGCUGGACAUAUGGGCACUUCUUUCCAACGGCCUGUUCUAUGUUUGUUUGAUCGUAAUUUUGAGUUAUCAGUUGCCGUCCAGCACGUUUGGAGCUAUCGUCCACUUGUCCAUGAUGUUUUGAACAUGAGGUUGAAUCGUGUUACUGUUCAAGGUGAAGGGGGCACUUUAGGCUUGAAGGGAAAGAAUGCUGGGAAAACGUAUGAACUUGAUGAUGGUGAUUCGUUUUGGGUUGCUAAUGGGAACGCUGUGUUUCCCCAAGUAGCUCAAGAAGUUGAGGUUCAAUUGAGCAGGUAUAAGCAAGACAUCGCGGAGGUAAACAAGAAAACAGGAGGUGAUGCUGAAGAUUUCGAUGAACAAGAAUUGAUGGGUAACACGAAGCACUUGAUGAAUGCCGUGAACUCUUUGCCAGAGCUUACUGAAAGAAAGAGGACGAUUGAUAAGCAUACCAACAUUGCCACUGCUCUCUUAGGGGAAAUCAAGAAUCGUUCUCUUGACAGCUUCAGUUCGAUUGAGGAUGAAAUGCUCUCAAAAGGCAGUGUUGACAGAGGUCUCAUUGCACAUCUGAAAGGUAAAGGCUCCAAAAAAGAUAAGUUAAGGCUAGCUGUUGUAUACCUGCUCGCAGCAGAAACCACAGUUCCAGCAGAACUUGAAGCAGUUGAAGCAGCUCUUCGAGAAUGUGAGGUCGAUCCUUCAGCAUUCCUGUAUGUCAAGAGGAUCAAAUCCCUAAACGUUUCGUUGUCCUCUGCGCAAGCUGCAAGCAAGAGCAAUCUUGGUGGAUGGGGAGGGCAGUUCUAUGAACAGGCAUUGAUUUCAAUUACGGCAGGGGUGAAGAAUCUACUCUCAGGGGGUAGGCAAGCAGCUCUUAUCCGCGUAGUCGAAGCUCUGAUGGAAUCUAAACCAUCUCCUGAAACAGAUUCUUACCUCACAUUUGAUCCACGAGCUCCUAAAGGAUCGGCUGGUGCUGGUAGUGUUUCUAAAGGACCCUUCAAAGAGGCCAUCGUUUUUAUGAUAGGGGGAGGGAAUUACCUGGAGUAUGGAAGUUUGCAAGAGUUUGCUAAGCGACAGCAACCGACGAAGAACAUUAUCUAUGGAACCACUGAGAUAUUAUCUGGAGAAGAAUUCAUUGAGCAACUGGCUGUGUUGGGUAGAAAGAUGGGGGUUGGAGGAUCUACAGCUGCCUCCUCUUCCUAGAACAUUAAAAUAUUCUGUCUACCCAUCCCCUUAUUUUUUUGUUAGUAUUCAUUUUCACUGGUUGGGGUGUUCUUGUAGUCAGAAGGAUGUUGAUCCGCUGCAAAGGUCACGCUACUUUGUAAGUUCACAGAUGAAGGUAGCUUAAAAUGGCAUGUAUGAGAUACUUAGGAGAAUCUGUAAUCUUUGGGUAUAUAAUGGGAGCUCUUCGAAAUUUUUAGCUGCUUUA